GUUUCCAAAGACUAGAGAGUGAAAUGCACGGUAUGCAGAAGGACGCCGCCUCGGUACACGCAGGGAUAACCAUAACACAAGAGACAAAUGACGCACUUGUAAAAGCAAUUGGAGAAAUAAAACGGGAUUACGAAGAUUUCAAGAGGAGGACAUCCACAUUAUGGAAUGUUCAGGCCAGCGUGAUGUCAGUCUUGGAACAGGUUGACAUCAACAAGGAGGAACUGUCAAUUAAGAUCACCAACAUGUCCGAAGAUCUGACAGGUGUUGUCAAGUAUGCUGUGCGUCCUCUCCAUUCAUCCAUGUUAAGCGUUGUCGAAGAAAUGUCAAUAAUCAAAAAGAAACUCGAUUCCAUAGGUGUCCAAAAUGAUUGCCCCCAACACUGGAAGAGGUUUCAAACUUCGUGUUAUCUUCAUGUGCCUGAGCCUUCAUCGUGGAAAAUAGCGAAGUUUAUGUGUAAACAGACGGGAGCUUUCCUGGUUGAAAUCUAUUCCCAAGAAGAGGCUGAGUUUGUGUCAAGCAUAUUUGGAAACGAAACAAAUAAGAUCUGGACCGGCGCCAACAUUGGACGUAAGGGGACGUGGUUUUGGGAAGGAAGUAAAAGCGAAGUGCCCUUUGAUGAAUUCGGAGGUGGCUUCCUGAGCGGGCGAGGCAGGAAGUACUGUGGUGUUUUCCUGCCUGACACGCGUGUCCUUGAUGACGAAAACUGUGGACGGAACCAUGGAUUUGUUUGUAGAAUGUUCAAAAUGAGUCAAAAUUGAUUUCCUAACUAGACGAUAUUUAACAUUACCCAAUCCAUCAAGGCGCAAUUCGCUGUACAGAGUUGCGUCUUUCAGUUGAGCCAGGAACGUAUGAUCACGAGUUCGAAUCCGGUUCGUUUUAAUAAUGGUUUGUUUGUUUUUGCUUUAAGAACGUCUAAGGCCCGCAAUUUAUUUGGCUUAUUUCAAGGCUUGUUCAAAGUGGCGUAUAGUGUUUAACCCAACUCAUGCAGGGACAUAUUUACAGCACGCAUAGACAAUUCUUACUGAUUACAUGUCGCUGCUUUGAAUAAUUUCAUUUCAUUGUUCAGAUAAAUAUAUUCUUGUUUUCAUAAUUUCAUGUUAAUUUUGUUUUCAAAAUUAAACAUGAUGUUGCUAUU